AGUGCAAGUGGAUGUUUUAUUAAGACUUAUAGGUUUUAGCUUUGACGUGAGAUUGUAGACCACAAGAUAAGCCACGGAAUUGGGGUAUAUGGAAGCUUUUUGGGGAACUGCUUUCAACAGCUAAGAGACGUUGACACUUUUGCUACAGUCGUCGUGUACAAUAAGUCUUGAGAUGGUGGCGUUGGUAUUUUCGCGAGGAUCAGUUAAUUUUCAGCAUUUUGUACUCUCAGUGCUUGCCCUGGCGGCUCGGCUGGCUACCGUCAAAACACAAAUGAGUUGCAUUACGCAGGACUAUUAUCUGCCUUCCAAUCAGCAGGUGUUCAAUAUAACUUCACCGAAUUAUCCAGGCGCCUACAGACCAGGCACGAAUUGCAGAUUUCGUUUAAUUGCGCCUUACGCGCAUGUGGUUGUGCUCAACUGCAUCUUCGAUGUGUACCCAAACGUAUGUGGCACGGAGUAUUUUUACAUAUCACGUGAUGGCGAUUUGGACUUCCGCGAGGGUGAAGCCUACUGCACCAAUACAAAUAUAGUGCGCAAUUCGUAUUUUCGUCCUAUGACCGUGGGUUAUUACUCGUCCUCACCGAGUACCAAUCAACAAGGUCGUUUCUUCUGCCAGGCAUAUGCACAGCGCCAGCCUUGCAAUUGUGGCUGGACCACACAGACGCGCAUCACUAACGGACAGGAAGCAACCAAACACGAGUAUCCUUCUAUGGUGGCUUUGCGAGACAUCGGCUCCUCUCAACAGAUCUUCUGCGGCGGCAGUAUUGUUAGUAAUCGCCACAUUAUGACGGCAGCGCAUUGUAUAAACGUACAGCCAGAUGCACGAAGGAUCAUCGCCUAUGUGGGUGAUCACGACCUAAGCAGCAACACCGAAUCUAUUUUUGCUGUACAACAUCGCAUCCAGCAGAUUAUCAUACAUCCGAAUUAUGCUUCGACGGCUAAUGGUGUUGUCAACGAUUUGGCUUUACUCAUCACGAUAGCACGCAUCGAAUGGUCACGUGGUGUUGGACCUAUCUGUCUGCCAUUACUGCAAUCCUCUGAUUUAUUCACCUACCGCACGGUAGAUGUGACUGGCUGGGGCACAACUUCAUUCGCCGGUCCCAAGUCGAACACGCUACAAAAGGUCGAGCUUAUGACUGUCGAGAAUAGCGCCUGCGAAACCCAGUUCAAUACCACCAUCACCGCCGCGCACAUUUGCACGCAUGAUUACCGGGGUUUGGGGCAGGACUCCUGUCAAUAUGACUCCGGCGGUCCGGUCAUACUGCGCCAACAGCAGCAGCUCUCUCAACCGUCACGCAUGUAUGCGCUCGGAGUUAUCAGUUAUGGUGGCACGUGCGGUUCGCGCUAUGCAGUGGGCGUGAAUACACGGAUCACUUCGUAUCUCCGCUGGAUCUGGAAUUAUUUGCAAAAUGUUGGCGGUGUGUGUGUGCCUUAGGCUCAUGAAUGCGAAUACUAAAUAGAUUUAUACAAUUGAGAUGUGAAAUAAAAGCUAAGGAAAGUAGUGAAAGUAUUCGAGAGAUAAUGGUCCGGUGGAGUGCUCGAGUUAACAGAGUAUUAAAAAUAUUUAUAACGCAUAUAUGUAAGAAAUCAUGAUUUAUAUAUUUUUUCUCCGAUUUUCUUAACACUCUUGCACUUUAUGCGAAGCCUAACAUCGAUCAAGAUUCCGGUUGACUAAAAAUAAUAUUUUUGAACUCGUUUUU